AUGGGAAAUAUUCAGAAUUCACCAUAUUUGCUUCAAAAAGUGCUAUUUAUCCAAAAAUAUUCUCAAAAGGCCCACGUAACACACUCGAGCAUUUCCUCGUCCUCAAUUUCAGUUUGCCUACCAAAUCUUUGUGACACCGAGUUUGGGAUUGAGAGCAAGGAUCUUUCUGAUCUAAUGAGAAGCACCACGGAGUUUGUAAUUGAAGAUGGCGUUCUAAAGUACAGCUUUGAAAGUACUGUUGGUGAUAAGAUGGCUAAAAUUUGUAAGAAGAUUGAACUUAUAAGCUUAAAUUACACAUUUGAAUUUGAAAAUCCGAUAUUAACUGCAAAAGUUCCCAUAUUCAAGUGCAUAUCAAUAGACAAUACCUUUAUAAUCUUUUCAAAAAACAAGUUGCUACUCCAGACAAGUGGAUAUGUCAAGACAAGAAAUGUUCUUGAUGCACAGAGGGUUGAUGGGGUUGACUGUUUUGAGAUAUGUGUUUCUGGAAAAGACCUGAAAAUAGUAGAAGAGCUUGGCACGGACUUAGUCCUGUGCUGCUAUCAAAACUGCAUAGUUGUAUUUAGCUUUGAAAACGAUAUUAGCACUGCUGUAGUGGUGAGAAAUGUCUGA